AUUUUAGUUGUUGAAUACAAUUCGUCGAGCGAAGACGGAGUAACGGUCACAUCAGAAAUUUAAAAAAAUAAACAAUGUGUUAAGAAAAAUAUUAACAAAAGUUAAUGUGAAUAAUAAAAGCUUGACGUUUUAACUUAAAAUCGACAAUAAUAAUAAAUAUUUGUUUUACAACUAUUAUUUACUUACUUAACUUAAUAAAUCCAUUAACUAUUUCUAAAUUGGUGCCUAUUCAUAGACAUACAAAUUUGAGUAUAAAAAAUAUUUUAAAUAAAAAGCUAUAAGAAAUCAAACACAAUCAAACAAUAACUAUUAUUAAGUCCACCAUGAGUUUUACGCGACAAUUGUCGGAAAUGAGUGCCAGUGAAUUGAACGAUGCCAUCGAUGAUACCAAUUUUCCACAAGCUCAUGUCCUUUCACGUGGCCGUAACAAUAGUGUUUGUUCAACAAGUAGCACUUCAGGCACUUCUUCUCUAAUGGACCGCAAUCUAUCGCAGACCGAUGAAGUUAUAAGUGGAAAUGCGAAUGUUCCAACAACAAAUGUUGCUUCAAUUGUUGGCAGCAAUAAUAGUACUGUCGCUGACAAUAAUGCUGUUGUCAGUGACAUUCCCAUAACCACUAAGACAAACACUAAUCGGCCAAAACUGAUUUUAAAAACAAACGGUAUAAACAAUGAAAAUGAAACAACUAGAUCGCCUAUGACUCCAAUGACACCAAGGACUUCUACAACACCAGGCCACGAAAACUGUACCUUCCACCAUGAUCUUGAAUUAGAUCACAAACCACCUACAAGAGAAGCUCUAUUACCUGAUAUGGCCCGAUCAUAUCGUUUACUUUUAGGUGGUUUGGGAGAAAAUCCUGAUCGUCAGGGUCUAAUUAAAACACCCGAAAGGGCAGCGAAGGCAAUGCUUUUUUUCACUAAAGGUUAUGACCAAAGCUUAGAAGAUGUGCUAAAUGGUGCGGUGUUUGAUGAAGAUCACGAUGAAAUGGUUGUUGUUAAGGAUAUCGAAAUGUUUUCUAUGUGUGAACAUCAUUUAGUGCCCUUUUAUGGUAAGGUGUCUAUUGGCUACUUGCCUUGCAACAAAAUCUUGGGACUAAGUAAAUUGGCAAGAAUUGUGGAAAUCUUCUCUAGACGUUUACAGGUUCAAGAAAGGUUAACUAAGCAAAUAGCUGUUGCCGUAACACAAGCUGUUCAGCCAGCUGGUGUGGCAGUAGUUGUAGAAGGAGUGCAUAUGUGUAUGGUUAUGCGAGGUGUACAAAAGAUCAACAGUAAAACUGUGACAUCUACAAUGUUGGGAGUUUUCCGAGAUGAUCCUAAAACGCGAGAGGAAUUUUUAAAUUUAGUUAAUAGCAAAUAAAGCUUUAAUUAAAAAUAAGUUGACAGAAUGACAUUAAUUGAACAAGUACUUUAACAAUCAUUUUAAGAAAGAACAAUGUAUAAACACGUAUUUAAACACACACAUACACACAUAAUUACAAAAUAUUAUAAAUAAGGCAUAUAAACAAUAAUAUACAUACAUACAUUUGUAUAUUGUAAUAAUUUUUGCUAAUAUCAAAAAUACCAUAGCAAGACCUUGAAGAGCGUGAACUAUUCUACAUUUUUUUGCGAUUGAUACCUUUCCAAAUGCGAUGAAGUUUAUAUAAAUAUUAUAAUCUUUCUAAAUGAGCAAAAUUUAAUAUUUAUUUUGCAUAACAAGUUUUUUUUACACUUUAUUAUAGAAAGGAUUUUUCUGUACAAUAAUAUUAAGAAAUUUCCAAUACAUCGCGAUAAUAUAGCAUAUUUUAGACAAAAGGUGUCACUUUGUAUGAACAGUUUUCAAAAUUAUUUUAGUAAAAUAACAAAUUUUAGAAAUUGCUUCUUAAAAAUAGGUUUUUAUUAUUAGGACAGUAUUGGCAAUAAAGGAGUACUGUGGUAUUUUACCGACCAAAAAUAGCUCAAUUUUAAAUUUGAAUAUACAUAUGUAUGUUGAUAUGUAUAAAUACUUACAUAUGUAAUACUAUAUUAAAUACAUACAUAUAAUAUUUAACAUAUGUUCAUACAUACAAGUGUACGUUUAUGGAAAAAAUCUGAAAUGAACCCCUUAUUCAGUACGGAAAGUAUGAAAAGUACUCAAAAAAUAUUUAAUAAUUUAUUAAUUUUCAUACAAGUUUUGAAAAUAAAAUUUCCGUCCGAGAUACUGGGCACGGAGGUUAAAUACAUAUACAAAAGCUUAAUAUAAAUUUAUAAAGAAUAUUUUUGGAAAUACAUAUAUUUAUAUAACUACUAUGUAUAUAAAAAAACAUAGUUAUACAAAAAGAUGUAUAAAAUUGAAAAUACAUUUAAAAAAAAUUAACGGUUAGUAAUUCAUAAUUUAUUGUAUAAAAACUGGGUCCAAGCAAGCACUGUUACAUAGUAUAAUUAUACAAAGUAAAAUAUAAUUUUAUUGUUAAAAAUCCAUUGUUAUCUUUGGACUUUAAAUAAAAUAUACAUUUGUAUUUCUUUUUAACUUUUGAAUACUCAUUUUUUCUAGACUAUUUAAUAAAUAUAUUUAUUCGUAGUAACUUAUAGAAAAUUUAUAUUGUGCAAAAGUCCAGAGAUGUCCAUAAAUAUGCUUUAAGAUAAUAUUGUUCUUUAAAUUAAUUUUUUAUAUUUGGUUUUUUGUUUAGUUAGAUUGUUUUUUAUUUAUAUGGUGACUGGGUAUAUUUAAGAAAAUAAUCUAUUAUUAUGAUAUUAUAUUUUAUUAACUUAAUAUUGUAUAUGAUUUUGGUAUAUCACUAACUAAAACACAACUUAUAUCCUAUAUAUAAUGAAUGUUAUUAUUCUUUAUUGUUAUUUUAAUAUAUACAAACAUAAGUUUAUAUUACAAAUUGUCAAAAAUGUAAACGUUUUAGGGAAUUUACAAUGAAACGAAUUUUUUAAAUUACUAUAUAUACUAUAUACGUUAUACUUUUUUGCUUUAACGAAAAAAUUACACAAAAGUGGAAAAAAAACUGAUGUCUUCACUUUUUCCAUGAUUAUUAUGUACACCGCAAAAUGAGUAAUAUGUUUAUAGAUUGUACAGGUAAAAAAAUAUAUAAAAUCAAAAUUUAUUAAAUAUCAAUAUUGCAUAUACAUAUAAUAUUUACAUACAUACUUAUUUUUAAAUAAAUAAUCAUAUUUGUUGAAAAUUUU